CAGCAUUUGAUAUGUGUGACAAGUAGCAGAUAUUGACCAACGAGUCGGAGGAAGAUGGAAGCAAGGUUGUUCAGAAAGAACUCUCGAGAGAAAGUGAACCACUUGAGGUUGCGAACAAACGCUUUUUUUGGCAACGAGAGCAAGGAACUACGAGAUGAGGUAGAGAGGUAUGGCAUGCAGCUACUCUUCGGAUAUAAUAAACGACGCUUUUCCUCGUACAAUGAUUAAAACCAAAUUGUAUGCAAACAGGAGAGAUUUAUCGACCCUAGUUCUUGAAAGGGUCGGAGAUAUUUUAGAGAGAGAAAAUUUCGUCUAUCUUUUAUAUGCUAGAUGUUAGUUGAUGUUGAUCUUGAUUUCAUUUGGGUUUCUAGCUCUAGGAAGGCAGUGAAGGCGUUUUUUUUUAGCUGUUUGUUGAUCAUCUCAUCUAUGAAUGUAUACGCGUAAAUGGAUUCUGGGAUUGAAAAUCUCCUCCCAGUCUGAUGCGGUAGUCUAGGUACAACAAGAUUUACUGUGUCGACUAGGAGUUGUAGUGUUUCUCCGAAGAUUGUCCUUUCUUUGCUUUACAUCAGUUGUAGAUGAUGAACUACUAGUGUCACAUCACGAGAAGUCUGAAAAAGAUUAAGAGUACUAAUUUUCCAAGCAUUUUACGUUUCAAUUAUUCGCAAUAUGUAUAGAUGUCUGAUCGUCAUCUUAAUCUUUGAUCGAUCGAUUGGUAGUGGUAUUUAUGCCACCGAACAAAGUUACUUCGAAUGGUAUUUUUCCGUUUAAGCAUAUUGAACAAAAGAACACCAUAGUUUUUGUUCGGUCGUUUAUACGACCAUCUUGAACUUCUGAAUCAAUUGGAGUCGUCAGAAAGUAACAGAUUCGUUUGGAUUAGCAAUUAAGAUUUGGGAAAUUGAAUAAUGUCGGAAAAGAUGUGGAACAGGUGCAUGUUGUAUUUACUCUCUAGGUGGUGACUGGAGUUGUUUUUUUCCGUUCGCGCUGGCCGGUCUGUUCUGCUGUCGUCCGGUUACCUCCUUCAAGUGUGACGGUACGGCUGUCUCGCUGCGUAAUCAUUGAUUCGCUGAUUGACUGAACGAAUUUCUAUCUCAAUCGUUUUCCGGCGCCUUGUCGCUCUGACUAGCAGAAGAUCCUUCGUGCCUGGUAAUAUCCGUUCGGCGUCCGACUCCGAGCCGACAAGCGCAACGAUCAUGACGGGUACUAAUUCGAUGCGUACUAGAGGCGGGGAGCCUCGCAGCAUCAGCCCGUCCAACAUGCUGGUGGCACUCGUUGUCGGGACGCUGCCAAUGCAGGUUACAGCUAACUGGUUGCUAUCCUGCUCAUCAUGCGUCGACCAAACCUACUUCGCUGACGAGAAACUGAAGGCAGAUGUUACCCCAGCAAAUACGGAAAAUCUGCUUGAGCAGAUCAAGCGGGUGCAGGUACUUUGUCCUUGUUCAUUUGUUCUAUUUUUUAGCCACACUAGUUUUUGUGCUAGUGCUAUCAAAAAAGAUCUUGGAUAAUGGAUAUGGAUUCCUCGGAUUGUUGCAACACGACUUCUAAUUCGGUCCCAUGGUAAAGCGUCGCUCCGGGAAUUGUUUCAUCUGAAAAAUUUACUUCAGGUCCAAAGCUAUGUCCAUAAAGAAGAGGAAUUCUUUAAUAAGUUCUUCAACCGCACGCAACUUGGUAUUUUAGCGCAGGACUUGCGACAAAUCAUGCCUGAAGCAGUUGCACUCGUACCAGAGCGUCGCUGGACAAACAAAGAGGGAGCGUCCAUGGUCAACAAAGAAGUGCUCAUGAUUCGCGAUGCUCAUCUGUAACCUUUUGUUGAUUUGAUUUGAUGUAUCCUUCUUCUACCGGUCCUCACUGUGUGUUUGAAAGACUCCUCAUCUUCUUCUCACUUUUCAUCUUGUUCUUCUCCUUUAAACAUUAUUCGAUAGACCUUUAAUGUCCUCCUUGUUUGGAUUUUCAGGCUCUUUUCCGCCGUUGGCGCUCUGAAUCACUUGGCGCACGAUUUUGAUAUGACCGAGAAUGUGGUGGAAGAGCACGGUCGCUCGCUCGGUUUUGUCAAGGAAGAACAGGAAUUGAACAAAAGAAAGCGCGAAGAUAUAAUGGAGCAAUUGCUCAGGACUAUCGCGACGACAGAGGUACUUACGUUUAUUGUGAUGUCCAUCUCCUCGUGACUAGUACGUCUACUUGUAGAACUUCUACAUAAUUCUUGUGAUAUUACUUUUGUCGUGAACGGAUCAUGUACUAGUUUCACAAAAUGAACAAAAUUAUUCAAAAAUCGCACUACAAGUUUAUACUCCACCACGAGCAUCUCAGGUACUUGCGAAAGCACUGCAGACAACUGAGAUCCGCUUUUCCGAGUUAGAGACUCAGUUCGCUUUGCUGCGAGAGGAUAGCAAAAGCAACACCGCUAGCGUCAAGGCACGAAUCGCAGACGUGGAAGAAUCCAUUACCAACAUGAAAAAAGUGCUGGAAAAGGAAGCACACGCUGACUUGGUCGAAAAACGCAAGAAGUCGGAAGUCGAUCUCGAGAAAACUAAGGUAAGCUUUUGGUUGUCAUAAACCAAUGAAUCGGCGAGGAGUACCAAAGCAACACCAGAGCUUAAAUAAUGAUUUUUCUCAACAUCUACCUUUCGCAAUUUGUUCAAGCAAUGAUGGAAUCGAAAUCUUGCAUAUCGCCCUAUGAAAUCCAGGUUUUGAAGGAGAUCGAGGAGCUUCGCUAUUCCGAAGAGCAAAAGACCAUCAAGUUGAAAGCGAAGGAGAAGAAAGAGGCAGAGGAAGCGAUCAUUGCUAUGCACAAGGAAAAAAUCAAGUACGAACAGGAGAAAAAACUUGACGGCGACCUGCAGACUAUCAAGGCACAGGAGUUGUCAAAUCUGCGACAGUUGUCCGAAAAGGCAAAACACGAAAAGGAAAUCAAAGCCAUGGAAGUGGAACAGGAGAAAUUCAGAGCACAAAAAGAACUAGAACAAGCGGUCGAGAAAGCAAGUAAUUUUUUUGGCAUAUCUGCCUGGUAGUCGUGCUACUUACCCCAAAAUAGUUAUAGCUCAAGUUUUCACUUGAACUUGUGAAUUUGAUGCUGAUCAUGGCAGACGUAGACGUAGUACUAGUACUUAUUUGUUUAGUUGAUCUUCAUCGCACACUCUUCUAGGUUGUAAUUGUAAAGCUAUUUUAAACCGCGCAAUUGAACAAGUUCGUACUAAGUAUCUUACGUCCUCCACUGUCAGAAAUCGAGCAAGAGGCGAAAAUCAAGGAAAUCCGAGAAAACGAGGACGUGCACGCACGCGAGCAGAAAAUGAAGCUUGAGGGGCAGAAGCAACAAGUGAUCGUCGCAAUCCAGGCAACCGCAAGGAUCGUGUAUUCAACUUCCGUUUUUUGAUGUGCUCUCGUAUCUAUAAUAUUUGAGUCUUCUAGUAGUUGUAAGCAGGUUGUCUCUGAACAACAUGAGCAUGAUGAUGAUGUUUUAUCAGAAAUUUCAAUCUCGAUGUCGUCGAUCUCGAUCUCGCAUCGAUCUACCGACUUAAGCACAUUCAAAAGAACAUCAUGAUGAUGAACUCCUGGCACCAUCAACCCCGUUCAACAUGAUCAGCACCUCUUGGCUGCAAGCCUUGUAUGGAUCCUCGCAGAAUAUCAUGUAUGCGAUCGGAUCCUUCCUCUGCGUGGUCAUCGGCAUCUACUUUACCAGAGAAAUGGCGACGCUGGUGCGAGAGCAGUUGAAUAAGCGCCUCGGACGUCCCAGCUUGGUCCGAAUGACCAGCAAGAAGACGCGAUUGGGCGAAUUCUGGAGACUGCUGAAGCACACGCUUACGUGCUGUCUCUGCCGUAAGCGCGCUGGGCACGAGUUUGACGAUGUGGUUCUGCAUAAGACACUGGAGGAUCAAAUAUUCCGUCUUGCGAAUGCAACGAAGAACGCCAAAGCUCGAGGCAUGCCACUGCUGCACAUCAUGUUCUACGGACCACCAGGAACGGGAAAGACGAUGUGCGCCCAACGUUUCGCAGAAUAUUCGGGAUUGGAGUACUCAUAGGACCGAUUUAGAGUUAUACAACUUAUCACUGUUCAUCUCGUUUUCAUUCAUCUUGCAUCAUCUUUUGCGCAAGCAGAAGCAAUUAAUAGAAAGAAUGUGAGUCCAUGUAAAUUUCAUCAGCUUCCAUUCCCAACCCUCGUUCAUCUUCAUCAAACACUCAUCAAGAGGAUCAAGAACUCCGAAAAAUGUCAUCUCCAGGUAUGCGUUCAUGUCUGGUGCUGAUGUCGCACCAUUGGAGGAGCAGGCGGUUACGGAGCUCCAUAAGCUGUUUACGUGGGUACACAAGUCGCGCAAGGGUGUCCUUCUCUUCAUCGAUGAAGCUGAUGCUUUCCUGGCUGUCCGUAACAAGUCCAUGUCCGAGAGUCUCCGAAAUGCACUUACAACGAUGCUCUAUCAUACAGGUACCACACGGAUAUGAAUUUGUUCAUCAUGAUAGUGUUCUAAUGUUGGAUGCCGUUUUCUCGCGCACGUCACACGCGGACGAAGGCGAACAGCCGGAAGAAUGUUGUUGUACUCUAUCGACAUCAACAUAUUAGUUCUUGUUGACGUAUUCUAACUCCAACGAACUCACUCUCACACACUGCCCGUCUUUCCCUCUCUCUAUAGUUGACGUAUUCUAACUCCAACGAACUCAUUCUCACACACUGGCCGACGUCUCUCCCUCUUAUAUAUAGGUACUCCCACCAGCCAGUUUCUGAUGGUGUUGGCGACAAACAGGCCUGGUGAUUUGGAUCCAGCCGUGUUGGAUCGUAUCGAUGAAUCAGUGGAAUUUGGUCUACCAGAUUUGGCCGAGCGAGAACGUACUUUUCAUACUAAUUAUUGUUGAUAAAUGUAGUGCUAGUGACAUCAGCGAAUGCGAACGAAAGCAAAAGUAGAUGCUAAAAGGGACUAGAAUAAAAGUAAUCACUGUUUCCAGUUGCCGAGCAUACUCAGCUUUCCAUACCCGCGUGUCGUGUGUCUUAUAAAAAAAAGGAAUUAUGAUCCUCACGCAACAUGAUUAAGAUUAACUUCAUCUUCCACGGCCUCACUCUAAACGACCCACUUCCAGGUAUGGUUUCGCAAUACUUCAAUAUGUAUGUGACGAAGCCGCUGAGAAUCAAACUGAAUAACUCGAACAAGCCCGUGAACAAAGCUUUGAUGUCCCCCAAGAAGGGCCUGGCUAUCAACACUGCUGCAGAGGCAGAGGACGACGUGGACUCAGAGGCCCUGAAAGAAGUUGCGGCUAAGCUCAAGACAUUCUCUGGUCGUGAGAUCGCAAAGCUGUUCACCGGGUUGCAGACGCAUGUACUAAUUUUUCAAACUCUUAUUUUUUAUUUACUUGGACACACAAUACUAGUUCCGAGGACUUCCUUGUCUUAAAAAACAAGUAGACGUACAACUACUACAAGUCUUGAUGUAGCUAUUCAUCAUGGCAAUCAUGUUGAUGUUGAUAUGAUCUACAGAGCAAAUUGUCCGAAACUACCGAAUACGUCACACCAAUCACAGAUUUGUGCGCAUAUGCGUGGUGGUUCAUUACGCACGCGCUCGCUGAAGCUCACAAAGGGAACACUGUUCGAAGUGGUGAAGAACAAGGUGGAAGAGCAUUACCGCACUUUAGACGUCCUGGCAAAGGGUUACGCGUAUGUACACAAGGAGGGCUCGCCUAGUCUCCCGGGAACGCCGCAUCUGCCACGGUCGAACCCUUUGUCGGCAUCAGGUUCACGAAUUGGGGGCAUGCCAGACUGGCAGACUGCUGGCAUCAACAUCAAUAUCAACAAUAGCAACCAGGCGAUGGCGGCCGCUGCGGGUGCGGCGAUCCCGAAUCCAUACGGCGGGACUGUGUUCAACAACGUGAGUCCAACCAACGCGGCGUUUUCGCGCGAAGUCAGCGGCUUCGGGCUGGCGCCAGCAAAGGAAUUGCAGAUCGAAGAGAUGCCGAAUUCGAAAGCAGGAGAUCCAGGAGCAAACAGCAAGAACAAACUAUCCACCUCUUCUUCAGGAGCAAACAAACUAUCUACAGGAGGAGCUGGUGGAUCUUUCAGAGGAGGUUCUUCAACGAAGCGUGGCUCAGCGGGUGGAGGAAGUUUAGAUGGAGAUCGUCCACUUUCUAGCACGUCCGAGGGACCAGAUGGCGGAGCAAGCAGUUCCACGUCGUCAGCAAGUGUAGAGCGCCACGUUAUCAGUUCUCCAAUCUCACCCGAUACCCCGAGUCUGGACUUCAAAGAUGUAAGGAAAAUUUCCCUAGAUUCCUGGUUCGACAGUCCACCAUCAAAAGGCGGUGCCAAUGGCGCUGCUGCUCCUAGUACAACUAGUAAUACUUCUACUGCCAAUGGCGGUACAACAUCAAAAAAUAACGUCGGAGGAACAUCUUCAGCGAAAAGCACUGGGACUGCGGCUGGAGCAAGUAGUUCAUCGGCUUCCGGAGUUGUGCCUCCGUCUGUGGCUGCGAAAGAGGCUGGUUCAAGCAACAAAGCACCUGGCCCCACAUCUUCAGUGCCCCCCUCCGCCUCAGGGAUAAAGCCGCCACCCGCAGGUGUAGCAGGCAACCGCGGGACGGCGGCACCGCCGACGCCUCCACCUGUAGCAGGGGAUGCAUCAAAGGCGCCAGGCAACGGGAAGCUACCCUCCGACGGCGCUGCAUCUUCAACGAGUGGGAGUAAGCCGACUUCUUCAGCGCCAACUGCAGGAGGUGCAGCCGCAUUGCCGGGUGGUACGAGCACCGACAAUAGCAGCAACGCUCCGGGAUCGUCACAGGCACACACAACCAUUGGUGUUAACACCGCAACACUCAAACGCGGAAAGCCUCCCAGCAAGUAAAACUGGAUCGUAAGCGCUCGAACAACUUGAUGUAAAAGAACAAGUAGAAGUACUACCCAGAACAACGAGUAGAAGAACUAGUACUACAUCAAGUAGUAAUUCUGAUUGUAUUUUUCGAACAAGAAGAAAUCAUAAGGGGAAGAGCUUAAAUGUCGACCCUUAUCAUGGGAGAAGAUCCAACACACACGUUUAGGACAUGAUGAUGAAUGAUAAGGUAGUAAGAGACACCAAAAUAACGUCAUGAUUGAAGCGUACAACUAGUAGAACUAAGGUUUUCAUCGUCAUGCGUCGUGUGCUACAAGUUCUUUGCCUCGUUCGGUCCUGUCGUUUCUUGUCCUCGGGGAGCUGUCAAUGUUUGGACUGGACAGGAGCAGCGAAGCUGCUGUACUAUUUUUCUAAGUUCUUUUGAUUUGAUCUUGAAAUUGAACCUUCAAUCAGCAUCCUAAUGCAGUCAUGUUUUUUUGUCUAUUCAUGCUUGCCUCUUCUUUUUUUUCUCGUUAGACACACAAGAGCCGAACAAACUACUGUCAUGGUCUCAGCUUACGCAUGAUUUCAUUUUCAAGUCUCAGCUUUUUUUUAGUUUAAACAAAUGAAUCGAACAACAAAAUCUUGCCGCAACAGCGCGGGGCGUGUGGUGUCAAAAGGAAAUUUCAUAUUUAUAGGCAUCGCAUUUCUAGGUUUUUUAUCUUCUAUCAUGAUCAUAUUGUCUUUGUCCUUGGAUUGAGUAGUCGUUGCAAUUAAGAUUCACUGUCAGAGCAUGGCGAUAGAACCAGCCGUGUCUGCGAAAUGAAAUUGAAACUUCUCAACAUGAUUCCUUCUUUAUUUACAUUUAGUAUAAGAAAAUAUGAUUAUCAUUGUAAUUAGUGCUCGGUGGAAGAUUGAAAUCCUAGUUCUCUUAGUUCUUGUUUUGCAUGUAUAUUACGACGCUCGAUGUUGAUCAGAUCCGAUCUUGGCGGGAGAAGAUGAAUGAAUCUGAUGAAUCAUAAUCAAUGUAGGUAGAUGAAGUAGAGAUAUAGUUACAUCAACUGCUGGACGAGGAUGGUUAUGAGUAAUCACCGGAUGGCCGUUGAGGACGCCAACAUACCCAUGAUAGCGAAAAAAAUGUCCAUCAUUCUUCAAGUCACAAAAAAGAUUGUCGUGGUAGCAGGACUAAGACAACGAUGUGAGAAUCAACUUUCACCUGAGACUUGCAAGAAAUAUCUUACCAAAUAAGUAGAAGACCAAGCUGAGCACGAGUAGUGUCAAAGAAAGAAAUAAUCUACUUGCUAACUGAUCGUGAUGUCAACAUCGCGAAUUUGAACGUCGUCGAUUGCCGUUCAUUGUCUCUUAGUCUUACGUAAAAGAUGGCCAUUCAGCUGCUAUGACUGGUCUGCAUUUUUGAGAGCACGCAGUGCACCACAAGAAUAUGGCCCUGGCGAGUUUGAGUGAAUCUGUGGUUCUGUAAAAGU